AUGGCAGAUCCAGGACAGCAACAACAAUUUUUUAUGAAUCCGCAGACUGAAAAUUUGACGCACAUGUAUUCCCUAGUGGAUACCCUUCUGAAUCAACUGGUUAAGAAUAAAGCAGAAAAGGAGGAGCUAUUACGAAGUGUCGAUGUUCUGUCAAAUCGAAUAACCUCGGGCACUGAACCAAAAGUAAUUGAAAUGCAACAGGAUAUAGUCUUAUUCACCAACUUUUUGGAGAGGAGAAUAAGUUCAGAAAGCAAGAUUAUCCUAAAUGGUGAGGAUAAGGAAAUUAUAAAGAACGAUAAAGAGUUAUAUAUUCUAAGACAACAAAAUAGUCAAUUGCAAAAACUCUUGAGGGACAGCAAUGACUCAACAAUGAAUACUUUAGACUUGUUGAAAUUCCACGAAGAAUCAUUUAUUGAAGUAGUAAGUUUACUGCGACAAGAUAUCUUGAAUAAUCAUAUCAAGAUGAUUUCCAUCAUUAGAAAACGAUUGGAAAACAAGUAUGAACCAUUGAGAGAUAAAGAGUUUGAAAAGUAUUUAAAAGAAGUUAAAGACAUUCAAAAAUUAAUGGAUAUAUCCGAAUUAUACAAAGAUAUCUUGCGAGUCUUAGAUUAA